GCGCGAAUACAACCAGAAGAUGUCGAAGAAGUCCCAGAGACAGCCAACACGUUGAAACAAUUAAAAUCGGCACAAGGAGAAGGUCUUUGGGACUUCGAGGACGCAGAAGAAUUUUCAGACGACGAGCAGGAGGAAGAGGAUCAGAACAAUCAACUAGAAGCCGACUGGGAAGUUCCGCAGAAAGUCCUAGCUCCCGAAAAGAUUUGGGAAAGUGACAGUGAAGAGGAAGGAGGCAUUUUGAGCAAGCAGGGCGAGGAAGUGGAGGCACUUCUGAAGAAGUACAAAAACCCGGAUGGAGAUGACCAAUCAGAGGAUGAGGAGGCUGAACCUGUGCCAGAGCCAGCCCCCAAAGGGAAGGCUUCUCCAAAUACCACUGACAAGCCGAAGGGGCCAAAGGCAAAGGCGAAGGCCAAAGCGAAAACAAAAAGUGACCAACCCAAAGUGAACGGUACGGCCCUGCAGCAACGAACUGUUGUGCCUGGGUCUCCGAGCAAUCCAAAGGAAGGGCCAAAACCAAUAGAACUAAAACAGGACCGAAGGGAAGAGAGUGCAAAGACUGAAGAGGUUGAAGAGACCAAGAAGUCGACAAAGCCUACAAACGAGAAAUGCAAGGACGCACAGGGUACAGAAAGCAGCAAAACUGAAAAAAAUCAGACAGAAGUGACGGAGGAUGAAUUGAAACUCAAGGUGAUCACCUUGCUUCAGAAGAAAGGUGGUUCAAGCUAUUUGAGUGUCAUGUCAUCAGCCCUGGGAUUGAAGAGUCUGAACUCAAGCUUUGGGCAAAAAGCCUUGGCAGUCUUGCGAGAGGUGGCCGAGUACGACACCAUGCCUGGAGAGGCACGGGUGGCAGUCCUUCUGAAGGUGCAGUAUUGGGGCCAUGUGGCUGAGGGGCCAGCAGCCCCAUCAGAACUUGCCAACAGGCGACCGUGGUGCUAUCUGGAUUCUUCUGGAAAAGCAGUUGGAGAUCGCGCCAGUGCGCAGCAUGCGGUGACUCAUGGUGUGGACUUUUAUCGUGCUCGCCUCUCUGCCAACAUGAACGCGUCUUGCUGGUUGCCAGCCUCCAAAGCCCCUUCCCAUUGCAAUCUGCAGGUAGACACUGCGACAACUUGAGAGCUAGCCGACAGUCGCCGUUCUGAGCCUUUCUGCCGUGCAUAGCUGUUGAGAAAACAGACUAAGCAGACCAAGCAGACUUGGAUUUUCCUGAGCGGAUUCAGUUUCUUGAAGUCCAGCUCAUAGAAGUCGAUCUGUGUUGCCUCGGAAGUGGGAAUCCCUAGAUAG